GUUCGGAGCUUAAAUAUUCCUUGCCAAGAUGUCGGAGUCAACAAACGAGUCUCAGAAAACGACUGACUUCACUAAUGUUCCUCUCGGUCAAGGAGAGAGUCCAGGCAAACAGAAGCCGAAGAAGCAGCCGAAGCGUGUGUUGCACUUCAGUGAUGGCAUCCUGGAGGAGUACUCUACUGACGAGGAGGAGGAUGUACAGAUCAAACCAAAAGAGCCAGCUGUUGACCCAAAAAAGCUGGCUUGGUUACCAUGGUUCUGGUAUUGCUUGAUGACAGCAUCAGCUCGAACUCUAUCAGUGGCAGACCUGUGUGGAGAGAAGUUGGCCUGGUUUUUCGGGAUCACAGCUCCUAAAUACCAAUAUGCCAUUGAUGAGUACUACAGACUCAAGGAGGAGGAGGAGAAGGACAUGGAGAUGAUGGAACGUAAGCAUGCAGCAGAACUGUCUACGAUCAACAUCCAGGUGGAGCAGACUAAAGUCCCCCAGCCGCACGCCUCCCAGUCUCCCCUCAAAUACUGACCGCUGGACACCUGGAGGACAUACAGAAAUCCAUCCCUUAUAUGUAUUGUACAGUAUUACAGGAAAAUGUGAAAACA